GUUACAGUUUGUUUCUUCUUUGAGCCAACAAAAAAAGGCGACGGCCCGUUCUGCCAAUGGCGACCGCAUGGAUGGCCGCGUUCGCCCUGAUGGUUUGCUGUCGUGCGAAGCAUUUGCGAUGCUCCGAUGCUCCGUCCUGGCAUCAAAUCCAGUGCUUUCUGCAUCAGGAUGGGCAGGUUUUGGCGCAGAGCGCUCAUGUCUUAGAAGCGGCCGCUGUUGCUUGGGUCGCGCCGAUCACGACGGCGGCGAUCGCGACGGCGGCGCUCGCGAUCGCCGCCGCGGGGCUGUGGUGGUUGCGGAGAGCUGAGGAUUACGAGAUGGUGGGCAUAAGAAGCCUUGCGAAGGAAGACGAAAACCAAAACGCGAAGGACGAGAAGGAGAAGUGCAAGAAGCGCAUCAUUCUUUUUCAGGGCUGCCUCUUUGCGGUUGACAUAGCGUCGGACGUCCGGGUGGGCAUCGACUUUUGCGAGCGCGGGCUGAUGUGCUUCGGAGCGCUGCUGCUGCUGAUUCCAGCCACCUCGGGCUGCCUGUGCUUCCUCUACAAGCGCUGGUCUUGGGAGUUAGCUCCCCAUGACCACAAGGAGAACGGAAAGGAGACCUUGUUCUUCUACGAGGGGAAGAACCGGAACGGCCAGAAGCGCCCGGGUCUGCGGUGCAUGGUGCUGCAAAUGCUCCAGCUAGAGGCACUGGAGACGGCGCGCUUGGCGUAUUAUGAUCCACGCUUCAGAAAGGAGUGGAGGACCGAAAGGGCGUUCAAUGGCCUGGUGGAGAGCUUUCCUUCCUGCCUCAUACAAGCCUACACCCUCUUGUGCAUGGCGCAGCUGGGAGAGCUGCCAAAUCCAUUGGAUACAGCCUGGCAGGUCUUCUCCAUUGUGCUCUCUUGCUACAGCAUGGCAGUGGCGAUGAAGUUGAUCUCCUUCCGGAUUUUGCCCAAGCAGAAAGUCUCAAACGUGUCAGGGAGCAGCUGGCAGGACGUGCAGCUGACAUUGCUCCAAUUCUGCGACGUGUCGGCGAGAUUAUUUACCUUGGCAGCGUUUGGAGUUUGCCUUCGGCCUGCAAUUGACAUCACCAAGAAUCGGCAAUUUGAGUUGCCGCUUUUGAUGCUUGCAGAGCUAGUGCUUGUGGCAUGCAUGACCACGUACCUGCUGAACAAGCGGUGGUGUCACUCAGUUGCGCGUACCCGUGAUGCCGUCCUCUCUACAGCCAUCUCCUACCUUACGAUUCCCUCCCUAGUGUUGCACGAAGAUAGCGACGACACGGUGGUCGACUAUUUGGGCAUGAUGGCACUGCAAAGGAUCGAGUCUGUUUGGAGAGCAGCUGAACUCUUGCUGACUCUUUGCCUGGUUUGGUAUCACCUCCAUACACAGGCGCACGAGUCGCACGUUUGCAUAGUGACCUUUGCAACUUGGUCUGCGGUCGCGUUGGCCUGUGUGCUCACGACGCGCCUUUAUGACCGAACCAGCCGAUAUGAGGGACGACCCAUCUUGCCAGCCGUCAGCGCGGACGGAUUCGGCGCGGCACAUUGGGCGUGUGCCCUUGGAAACAUGCAGCUACUGACCAGGCUGCUGCGUGAGAAAGACGAUGCCAUCAGAGCCAGAGAUACGAAAUGCCGCAGCCCUGCGCACAUUGCGGCACUAUAUCAGAAAGAGGAGGCACUGAGACUGCUGCACCAAUUCGACUCGGAGUGCAUGAGCUACAAAGACAAUGCUGGAUGGGCCCCUGCUCACUGUGCAGCACAUGUAGGGCAUGAAGCAGUGCUGAAACUUCUGCACCAACUAGCUCCAGAUUCCCUCAAUAGCAAAGCCGAGGAUGGUGCGCUCCCUUCACACAUUGCAGCAGCAUGUGGGCAUGACAAGAUGCUGAAUCUACUGUUUGAGCUGGUCCCGGAGUCACUUUCAGCUGAGAAUCACAAGGGCACAGUCCCGGCGCACAAUGCAGCCAACAACGGGCAUGACGCUGUGCUGGAACUGCUGCAUCGCGUGGCCCCUGGGUCUCUGAACGCCAAGAACGAUAAGGGCGCAGUGCCCGCGCACCGCGCAGCUCAUAACGGGCAUGAGCAGGUCCUCAGGUUGCUUUGCCAGCUGGCUCCAGAGUCUCUCACGGCCACCAACAACUCGGGUUCUGAGCCUUCGCACUACGCGGCGCACAAUGGGCAUUGUAAAGUGCUGAGACUGCUGCACCAGUGCAAUCCUGAGGCUUUGGAGGCUGAGGACAAUGAGGGCAAGGUGCCUGCUCAUUGGGCAGCGCAUAACGGGCACGAGGAUGUGCUGAGUCUCCUGAAGGAGUUGGCCCCAGACACCUUGCAGUCCAGAGACUUUGCUGGUUGGACCCCCGCGCACAUGGCCGCCCGGAACGGCCACGACGCGGUCUUGAGCCUUCUGCACCGUGCGGCGCCCGAGUGUCUCCAGGUGAAGAACGUUUAUGGCUGGACGCCGGCACAUUCCGCGGCGGCCCGCGGGCAUGACGCAGUGCUGAAGCUCCUGAAGAAGUUGGCUCCAAAGACCCUCACGGCUGAAGCCAUUGAUGGUGCGGUCCCUGCACAUAUGGCAGCCGCGCAGGGUCGCGCCACAGUGCUCAGGCAAUUGCACCACUUCGCUCCUGAGACUCUUAGGGCGAAGAACAAUUAUGGAUGUGUUCCAGCGCAUUAUGCUGCUGAGCAGGGGCAAGACGGUAUCGUGAAGCUCCUCAACGAGUUGUCUCCGGAGUCUCUCACUGCUGAAGCCAAUGAUGGCUGGGUCCCUGCCCAUACUGCGGCGUAUCAUGGCCGUGACACGGUCAUGGAAUUGCUGCACCAGUUGGCGCCCGAGUCUUUGGAGGCCAGAGACAAAGAUGGAUUGAGCCCUGCCAAGUGCGCGGAGAUUCCUUUGGAAGAAUGCGGAGAUCCAAUUCAGGAGAUGCUACAAGUGUCAGUGGCAUUGGGAACUCUGUCCUUCGACAGUAAGGCCUUCAAACGCUUGUCAUCUCGACUUAGCGAUGCGAAAUCGCCGUCCUCUCCGGCGGCCACCCAGUCUUACGCCCGGUCAGCCCGCAGCUCUGCCCGGGUCUCGAUUCUCAUCUCCAACGACAUCGGCGAAAUCCCGGAGAUCUGAGCCUCCAAGAUUGGAGCGCGUGUUUCACUCGACUCACUUCCGGAGCUCGUCAC